GUUUGUCAUAGCUACUGCGUAAUACAAAAAAGUUAUCCACACAUGGUUUAUGCACUCAUCACACAGCUAUAAAUAAAUUAAUGAAAUCUACGUCAUGUUACCGAGCUGUGCAUGCCUUUGUGCGUGCCCCACACUACCGCACCAUUCCAGCGACAGGCAAUAAUGGCGUUGUUGUGAACCGCGAUAUGCUUAUUCGCCAUUUUCGCGACUUUUAUCGAACCCUUCAACACUCUAACCUGGUGGACAAAGUCCACAUCAUGUCAGAGCGUCCUAAUAUUGAGAGCUUGCGCGUAUCCGAUGUGAUGUCCUGUGUUGGGCCCACAUUCCUGGGCAUGCCUCUGUAUGGCAUGGAGCAUCGGGCAACCGAGUUUAUGGACACAAUUCGCUACAUACGCGGUGCGGGCGGCCCAACGAGUGCCUCGACCUACCUUCAAGAUAACGAGAACUGUCGCUGCCACAGCGGGGAUAUUGUGUGCCUGCCCACAGGCAUUACGGUGGGGCAUGGCCCCCGAACUAAUGCUGUGGCCCAUCAAAUUAUCAAAGACCUUUUUGAGGUAAAGGGGGACCCCCAUAUGCAAUUUGACGUCUUUGCCCUAGAACAGGAAGGAGAUGCACCGCCGCUUGGGGACUACUUUGGUUUUGCCGGCAAUAACGUGCUACUGGCAUGGAAGGAUGAACACGGGCUCCUGGCGGUUGACCAGUACCAGCAACAGCGUGCAAACACUGGUGCAAGCGAACAGAUGCAAAUCGCUUACUUGGAGUCUGGUUGUCAUUUCUUUAGUUUUUACGGCGUCGAUUACUCGACAGACGUCAUGGUGCAGAAAGGCUAUGAGCGAUCGAUGGAGAGCAUUGCCGCGAUAGGUUUGAAUCCCAUUCCUGUACAGUGGUCAGAAAUGACAAAGCUUGGGAUUUCGAUGCGCGCUGCAGUCCUAUCACUGAACUUUCUUCAGCCAAGUUCACAUGGUAUGAUGAAUCGAAAUAAGACGCAUGGGACUCGGUGGCAAUCGUAUCAGAUAACCUAAUGCGAAAUCAGACGUAUCGUCAUUAUAAACAUCGCGUAAAAAAAAAUUCCGCAGUGUGAAACACAAAAUUUAAUAACUAUAAUGAAAGGAAAAAAGGGAAAAUUCACCCCAUGAAUUGUUUAUGGAUUAAUUUGAAGUUAAUAAUAAA